AUGCAGGGUCUACACGGUGAGCGUGUAGCUGCCGUCCAAAUCCUCGCGGAAUCCGCCGAGGAGGAGGAGAAGAAGCGCAUUGCCGGCUCGCUUUUCUCUCUUGCAACUGGCAAAUCCCUUCUCUACCAGGCGGCAACUUCCUACUUCCUCCAGUCCUUCGUAACCCAGACCAUUUCGUUGAAGUUGCAAAACUACUUCUACCACCGUCUGAUGGCGAUAAUUCCGGAUCCAACCCAUGGCGAAAAGCCGACUACGUUCCAGGGCAUCAACAAUGACCGGAUGUCUAUCGACAUUGAGAUGAAUUUUGAGGCAGUAGGACCAUCAGCACUCACGAUCGAGGACACGGCGAACUCCUCGCACGCGGGGGGCUACACAGCCACCAUCCCCUUCGACCCAGUGACAGGCGACACCAUCACGCCCUCACCCGAGGUGACGACCGAUCCCCUGGAGCUCGAAACCGACAGCGAAGCCUCGCGGUGCUUUGCCAGUCGUUGGCCAACAAUAUGGGUCUACACGGCCACGCCUGUCAAUGGAAAGUUUGGGGAGCUCGACGGUCUGGCGCUGGCGAGCGGGACCGAGGCGAGCCGCGGACCGUGGUCCGCGGCUCGGUGGAGGAGCAGCAGCACUGAUGUGCUUUCUUCAGAGGCUGCGGUACGAACACAAAAACAGCCUGAAGGUUGUCAACGAGAAGAAUGGAAAUUCCGCCACGGCUACUUCCCGAGAGAGAGUCUACUCCCAGCCACUAUCGAGUUUGACGCCAAGGAUUCUGUUCUUACGGCCUAG